CACUCAACACCAGACCCUAGGGUUAGUGCACCACAUUCCGAAGAAACGAAACAGAAAGUAAAAAUGGUUGCUGAAGAGUUUUGUUUAGUGUUUACAAGCGCUUAAAAUGGCAGAGGCGAUUUCAAGUUAUCAGGACCUUUUUACGUGUCCGAUUUGUUUGGAUCUCCUUAGGGAUCCGGUAACUGUUCUCUGUGGACACAAUUAUUGUAUGGGCUGCAUUAAGGACUGGUGGGAUCGGGAAGAACAUAAAGAAGUUUACAGCUGCCCUAACUGCAAACAGACUUUCACUCCAAGACCCAUUUUAUACAGAAAUAAUAUUGUUGAUGAGCUUGUGGAAGAGAUGAGGAAGACCAGCAUCCAAACUGCUUCCCCAGCUCAAUGUGAUGCUGGACCUGGAGAUGUGGAGUGUGAUGUCUGCAUUGGGAGAAAACGUAAAGCUCUGAAGUCCUGUCUGGAUUGUCUAUUGUCUUACUGUGAAACACACUUCAAACUUCAUAACGAUGUAACCCCUGGGCGAAAACACAAGGUGAUUGAUGCCACAGGCCAGCUACUGGACAGAAUCUGCACCCAACAUGAGAAGCCUCUGGAGAUAUUUUGUCGCACGGAUCAAAGUUGUAUCUGCUAUCUCUGCUCGAUGGACAACCAUAAUGGCCACGUCGUAGUCUCAGCUGCAUUGGAAUGGACAGAGAAACAGGCGAGUACGGGAGCUAAUACUUCUACAUGAGUUGUCUUAAAUUCUUACUUACAAAGAAAUGUAAUAGUCUGUUCUGUUUUUUACUGUAUUGAGAAGAUUUAGGUAAUGAUCAUCAGGUGCAAAGUUAUGUGAUGACCGAAACCGCGCAAACCUGACCCUGCUAGCUGGAACCAAGUAUAAUGAUAGCUUAUGCUUUUCUGUACACAUUCACAUCUUAACUAAUGUUUGGGCGAGGUACCCUCAUAAAAUAUGAAAUAAAUGGAGGAAUACCGUGACUGCUGUGACAGCCUGAUAAAAGAAAGCAAGAGUGCCUAAACGAUCCUUGUAAAUUAAAAAACAAAACAACAAUUUGUGUCUCUUGCAACAACCUCCUGUCAUACCUGGCAUUUCUAACCCCUCCUGCCUGGGGUGGGCUGAAGGCAAAGCAGCG